AUGAGAGGGAAGGAACACAGACAAACCAUGAAAAAGAUAUACAUUGGCAAAACCGCCUUAAAAGUCGCCCGAAAUGGCGGCAAACAUCCGAAAAAGAGCUCGUUGGUGGAGCAGAAGGAGGACCUACGGAAGAGGCUGUCCUACACGACACACAAGCUGGAGCUGCUGCAGAGCGAGUUCGACUCCACGCGGCAGUACCUGGAGACAGAGCUGCGCCGAGCACAGGAGGAGCUCGACAAGUUCACCGACAAACUGCGCAGAAUACAAAGCAGCUACUCAGCACUGCAGCACAUCAACCAAGACCUGGAGGAAAAGAUCCAUAGAAAUUCCCAGCACCAUGACGACGAGAAGCGAGCUCUGAGCAGAGAGAUCAUCGUUCUCAACAACCACCUGUUGGAGGCCAAGCUCACCAUCGAGAAGCUGCAAGAGGACAAUGAUCUGUACAGAAAAGACUGUAACCUGGCUGCUCAGCUCCUCCAGUGCAACAAGUCUCUCUACAGAGCCCAGCUCUCUGAGCUGCCUGCGGAUUUUCAGGAGCGACUGACCAUGCACAUGGAGGAUUCUCCGCUCUGUCACACCUAUCCGGACACUGUCCCGGCCUCCCUCAUUGCCAAAGUACUCGAGAAGCCAGACGAGGCCUGCUGCAGCAGCCAGGUCUCCCGUUCUCCAAGCCCCCAAACCCAGCAACAAGCUUUUAUUUUGGAGCGCUUGGGCCCAGGAGCGCGUCUGGGGCUCCGCGCCGCCUACAAAUCUGACCUGUACGCCAGCGACACGGCCCUGUACGUCCCUGAUGACCGGCAGCGUGAGCGGAGGCCCAGCAUGGAUCUCCACGGUCAGAGGAAGCUUCUGUAUGGGCCCCAAAACUCCACCGACAGCAAUCCAGAGGAGGGCUCUGUCGGGUUGAUUGCCGGUUUCUCCCAGGAGCACUUCGCAAAGUUCCAAGCCACGCUGCGUGGAGGGUCGAGCUCCUACUCCAGCUUCAGUGGAGGGGGAUCUGAGGACAAAGGCAACGGUCCUCCCAGCAGUGUAGCUUCCUCCCCUCGACACCAUUCCCUCUACAUGGAGUGGAGAGAUGCAGGGGACUAUGAGAGGAAGAGUGACUCAUCCUGGGAGAGAGACAGUCCAAGAGGCUUCGCCAACGCUCAUCCCUUCCAGCAGCCGGAGCUGAGCCACCACCAGAACGGCAGCUCGCCCGUCUACAGCCGCACCAUGUCCUCCUGUUUCAGUGAGCCCUACGAGCCGCUCCCUCCCUCCUCGUCCCCAAGUGUAGCCUACGGAGACAGUCGUCGAGGCAGUACCUUAGCCCCCGAGGAGGAUGAGCUGAUUGGUCGAUGGAGACAACUUAGCGUGGAGGACUUAAGUGCCCAUGCCUACCCCAGCCCGGGCCGGGCUUCACCCUACAGCUUCUCAGAGCAGCACUUCUCUGUACGGCCCGCUAAGAUUCGACUUGGGCCGCUCUACAGCAGCUUCCAGGAAGGGGCUGACCUUUAUCAUCAAGCAGCGGGCGCCAUGGACCCUGCGUGGGUGGCCGCCAGCCCCAGCCCCGAAUGCAGCCCAGGGUUGCGGCAGGCACACAGCCAAGCCCACCUGUACCGAAGCGAGGACAGCCAGGAGUCAGAGCACAGCCUCUACCACUCAGGGAGCUCCAAAGACCGGGAGGGCAACGUGGCGGCUGGGGGCCAGGGCACGGAUUACGUUGACCCCAGCCCCAACAGCUCCACAGAGUCUCUCCACCAGAGGUCCAUGGAGAUGGCCGCAGAGCUGCAGCACUACCAAGUGGAGAUGCACAGCCUGCCAGCCCAGCCCAGCCAGUCGCCUCCACCGGUUCCAGCCCCUCCUCCUCCGUACAAACAAAAAUUUGGCUCGCUGGGACUUUCCAGGAAGGACAGUCUGACCAAGGCCCAGCUCUAUGGAACUCUUCUGAACUGA